CCGUGGGUGUCCCGGGUUCCGCGCGUGACUCCGCCCCGGCCCGCCCCCGCCCGCGUUCCUGCCUAGCCUGUGCGGCAGCGCACACGCCCGAGUCCUCCGCUCCUCCGCAGCGUCCCCGACCCGCGCGCCAAGGGAGCCCAUGGAGCUGGCGCGCAGCGCGCCCGGGGGCGACUGCGGGGCCGAGGCGCUGCUGGGUGAGCUGGAGCGGCUGGUGCAGGAUGUGGUGAGGGCGAGCUCCUGGUGGGAGCGCCACGGCGUGGACUGCGCCAUCCUCGCGCUCAGCCUCCUCGCCUUGCCAGUCGGGUUCCUGUGCCUGUGCUCUGAGAAUGUCCUGGUCUUUGCCAUUGGCAUCACCAUCUUGGGAGUGUGCCACUCCACGCUCACUGUCAAGGGCAGCCACCUGGCCGCUCAUGGUGCCCUAACUGAGUCCAAACGCUGGAGCAAGAUCUGGUUGCUUUUCUUUGUAGAGGUGUGUACAGCCUUCACCGCAGAGUAUGGGAGGUUCAGCCAUGUCAAGUUGCACCACGGCUACACCAACGUGGUGGGUCUGGGGGACUCGAGCACGUGGAAGCUGCCUUACCUCAACCGCUAUGUCUACAUGUUCCUCGCACCUCUCCUCAUCCCCAUCUUAACCCCGCUGGUGGCUCUUGAGCGGCUGCGGAAGGUGGAGCCGCGGAUGGCUCUGCGGACUCUGGGCCUGAUUUCCCUGGGCCUUUACUCCCAGUACUGGCUGCUCCUGAACGUGUCGGGCUUCAAGAGCCCCAGCUCGGCGCUGGCCUGCAUGCUGCUCACCAGAUCCCUGCUGGCCCACCCCUACCUGCAUGUCAACAUCUUCCAGCACAUCGGGCUGCCCAUGUUCUCCCGGGACAAGAAGCCCCGACGGAUCCACAUGAUGAGCCUGGGGGUUCUCAACUUGCCCCGGCUGCCGGUGCUGGACUGGGCGUUCGGCCACUCGCUCAUUAGUUGCCAUGUGGAACACCACCUGUUCCCCACGCUCUCUGACAACAUGUGUCUAAAGGUGAAGCCCGUGGUGUCCCGGUUCCUCCACGAGAAGCAGCUGCCAUACAACGAGGACUCGUACCUGGCUCGCUUCCGGCUGUUCCUCAACCGAUACGAGGAGCUCAUGGUGCAGGCCCCGCUGAUCACUGAGGUGGCAGGGCUACAGUGAGGGUGGGCUCCCCUCCCCGCCCAGCCCUGGCGCUCCUGCUGCUGCUGGUGCUCAGGAGGUGUGCGGUGGGGGUGGUGGACGUGGAGCACAAAGGUCUUGGGUGGGCAGUGAGGCAGGGCAGCUGAUGCCCUGUGUCCUGGGGAUUGCCUGCCCUGUUUGCUUUUGGGGAUUGGAGGGGUGUCUGGGUGAAAGGAGUCAUGGUGACCAGGCAUCCUGGCCUCAGCUGGCUCCCUCUCAGGAUCUCUCCCCUGCUCCAUCUGAGCCCGGGCAGGGGGGACAAUGCCAGAGGUGAGGUGGGAUCCUGUGCCCAGGGCCAAGUGGGAGAGGGGAAGGGGGCAGAGAGCAAAGGUCAGCCCCGUGACUGGCACCUCCCGACACCAGGAGAACAGCAGUUCCCUCUCCCCGGGAACAGGGGGCAAGGUCACUAUUGGCAGACUCCCUAGUUUCUCAGCCAGAGAAGCCUGUUCAAGUCACAGGCUCGGCAGUUCCCAAGGCCACAGUGUCAGUGAGAUCAAAGUGAGUGUGUUUUGUGGGGAAAGCUCUCCAGGGGAAGAGAGAGGAGAAAGUCCCUCAGGGACACAGCUGGGGAAGAAGUAUAAAUAGAUUUGAUUGAGACCUUGGCUAGCUCUGGAAAAGUCUGCUUUGUUCCAUGAUGUUUAGAAGCAUGGGCCUGGGAGAGAGAGUUACUGGGAGGUAGCUGAGUCUAAAGGACAAGUGGCCUUAGAGGAGAAAAAAGGAGGAGGAGGGUGGAUGAGAUAGAGGAGCUUGAGGUCGAGGUCUGGGCUUGGCAGGGUCAGCAGCCUGGGGGUGAGGUGGGAACAUAAGGGAACUACUGGCCAGAACUGGGAAGAGGCCAAGUAUGGGGACCACACUGAGAUUCGGCCGGAAGGAGGCAGAGUUGAGGGAGACUGGGAGCCGCCCUGGCUUGGGGUGGGGCUGAGAGUGUUUAAGGAAUUGCCCACGCGGAGGCUGAGGGAGAGCUAGAGGAGGCCAGAUGCGUGACAUGAGACCAGAGCAGUUUCAUUUAGGCAGAAUUUCCACUACUGACAUUUUAUCUGGAUAAUUCUUCUUGGAUGCACUAUGUGUUGAAGGAUAUUUAGCUGUGCCCUUGGCUUCUAUCUGCUAGAUGCUGGGAGCCCAGUCAUGACAAUCAACAAUGUUUCCAAGCUGUGCACAGUGGCACACGCUUGUAAUCCCAAUGACUUGGGAGACUGAGGCAGGAGGACUGCAGAUUCAAAGCCAGCCUCAGCACCUUGGCGAGGCCUUGAGCAACUUAGACCGUCUCUAAAUUAAAAA